AUGAGUGAAUGGUACGAAUUCCGGUCAUUGAGUAUCCCUAGUGGAUGGUCUGCCAGAAGUGGUUUCGCUGUGAAUCCUUAUGCUCCGGGGCGAGACCCUUGUGGUUCAAGUAGUGGAUCUGCAAUAUCUGUGGCAGCAAAUAUGGUUACAGUGUCAUUAGGUACUGAGACUGAUGGCUCCCUCAUAUGCCCCGGGGAUCAUAAUUCUGUCGUAGCUAUAAAGCCCACCGUAGGACUCACUAGUCGAGCUGGUGUUAUUCCUCUUUCACUCCGGCAGGACACGAUUGGGCCCAUAUGUAGGACAGUUUCUGAUGCUGCUUAUGUGCUUGAUUCGAUUGUGGGUUUUGAUCCAAGAGACUCUGAAGCAACGAAAGCAGCAGCCAAGUUCAUUCCUGCAGGUGGCUAUAAACAGUUCCUCAAUGAAGAUGGGCUCAGGGGAAAGACAGUGGGCGUGGUAAGAAAACCAUUCGCAGACCUUUCAAAUACGUCUUUAGCAAGUCAAGUGUUCGAGGAUCACCUCCAAACAUUGAGGAAACGUGGUGCAACAAUAGUUGAUUAUCUAGAUAUAGCGAAUAUUGAUGUCAUCAUGAACCCUGUGCUAUGUGGUGAGGCGUUGGCGUUGCUGGCCGAGUUCAAGCUAUGCAUAAAUGAAUAUCUAAAAGAACUGACUACUUCUCCAGUGAGGUCACUAGCUGACAUCAUAGCCUUCAAUACAAAUAAUCCUGAUUUGGAAAGAAUUGAAGAGUUUGGUCAAGAAAUUUUUCUUGCUGCAGACUUAACAAAUGGGAUCGGAGAGGAAGAGAAGGAGGCAGUCGAGAUGAUGAAGAAACUUUCUCAAGAUGGGUUUGAGAAGUUGAUGUUGGAGAACGAGUUGGACGCAAUAGUCACAUUGGGUUCGGAUGUUUCAUCUGUGCUUGCAAUUGGAGGGUAUCCUGCAAUCACUGUCCCAGCUGGAUAUGACACUGAUGGUAUGCCAUUUGGGAUGUGUUUUGGAGGACUUAAAGGAACAGAGCCUAGUUUGAUAGAGAUUGCUUAUGCCUUUGAACAAGCUACCCUGAUCCGAAAGCCUCCUCUCUUCGACUCAGUUGAAUCCAGUUGCAAAGAUGUUCUCUAA